GUUUUGACUUUGACACGUAUUUAUUUUGCUCAGCUGCUUGCCGAUGAAGAAUAAUUUGGUUUUAAACUUGAAAUAAUCAAAUUUAAACAUGGUUCGAACAGUUUAUGCACCAGAAAGUUGCCUGCAGUAUUUAGAGCAAUAUGCAGCCCAAGAGAAAUUCGGUAUAGGCCUAAUUUUGGGCCAGAUCACUGACUCCAGGGAAAAUGUGAUCCAUUUAGCUCGCACGCCGGAAGAAAAGGUUUCAGAUACCAUUUCUGAGGGAGAGAGUCUCUUGGAAAGAGUUGAGUCUAUGGCAGCUGUGUCAGAGGCCUGGGUGGCGGACCACGCCAAGCAUGUCACUAGGAUGCUCCCCGGAGGCAUGUUCGUACUAGGUAUCUUCAUCACAUCAGAAGAAGAGAUAUUUGACAACACAAAUGCGUCCAGCAAAGUAAAAUCUGUUCUAAACUACAUGCACAAGGUUUUGAAUGUCAACCCGCACAUGUAUGGUAACUGUCCAGGAACCAAUGAAAAAUUGGUACUUCAUUACUCUAAUAAAACAGUUGUUUGUAAGAGCAUUGAGGUGAAUUCUGCAAGCAAAGGUCUGGGAGCAAAACCUGUUGAUUGGAAGUUUACUCCUAAAGAGUGCCAGUGGCAGCGGUUGGACACAUACUAUGAGUUUGAUGAAGUGUACCCGGUUCUGGUGAAGAAAAAUGGCAUAUCAGUGAAGGAUCAGUUUCAGCAAAUUGUUGAAGAAGCUCAAAAAGCAUUAGAAGUAAGUGUAAUGUUCAUUGAUGGUGAACUCAAAGACCGGUCGGAUCCACUAGACCAGCUGGUCAAGAAGAAAAAACCUAAAAACGCCAAGUCAUCUUCAGCCGACCCUCCCAAGUCAAUGAUGGUGUCAUUGUUUGUGCCAUUUGAAAGUUCCAUGCCAGAGACAGUGGAAUACUUGGAAUGUGACGGCAGCAUACACUUCAGUGGCGUGGUCGCUUCCAGUGUGUUCUUGUAUCCCAAAGUGACGGUAAAAGAGGCAGAGGCGGCCGUCAAGCAAGACAUUAUACGCUCAUUGGCCUCCCGGUUCACAAUGCACUGUGAUGCAUUGAUUGAUGACAAUCUUUUGCCUGAAGAAAAAGUCUGCUUCAACGAGCCGCCGCGCCGCGUCCUCAUCCCUGUCGGCUCUCUAUAUCUCUGCGACUACCUGUUCCCCGGGGAGGCGCCGGCGGAGGCGCUGCUGUCGGUGCGCGAGCUGCUCGACCUCCACGUGGCCGCGGCCGCGGUGCUGUGCGGCGCCGAGACCCCCGCCGAUACAUCAGAGUUCGACGCCCUCGAUCGUGACGCCAGCACAGAAGAGAUGGCGACCCCCCAAGAGGCCAGCCAGGCCAUGUACAUCAUCGGCAUCAGCGUGGCUCUGCUGGUGCUGGUCGUGUCCAUACUCGUGCACUACUACAGCGACAUCCGGAGAGCGGUUGGGAAUGUUGUAUGAGUUAGUUGUGUGUUUAGCUUAAGCUGCAAGCGUAGGUAGACUGGGUCGUGGAUCGCGUCCUAAAUUGUAACUGCGGUAGAGUAGCCGUCAAAAUUGCUGGAUAGGGUUGCUAGUUAGAUAAAAUAUGUUAAAUAACUAUCGUUUUUUUUAAAGACAUGUUUUUUUUAUUUGAUUGAUAUUUAAAAAUGAAUUAGUCCAUUAAAUGAAUUAUAAUAAUUAAAAUGCCUAAUCUGGCAACAUUUUAAGCUUGACGGCAGGGUUGUAAAUUCAUAAAAUUCCCAAAACUGGCGACACUAUGCAGUUAUCUCGAUGACCCCAACUGUGCCAACGUCGGCACAGAAGAGCUGGCGACCCCCCAAGAAGCCAGCCAGGCCAUGUACAUCAUCGGCAUCAGCGUGGCUCUGCUGGUGCUGGUCGUGUCCAUACUCGUGCACUACUACAGCGACAUCCGGAGAGCGGUCGGCAAUGUUAUUUGAGUUAGUUGUCG